ACGCUGGAACCAGAACGGAGCCGGUCUGAACCAAACCCGCAAGAGUUCUUCAAGUCCCCGCCUCUUUUCCCAUCAACGAUCUCAGAUUCCUCAGAUCCCGAUCUAUUUCAAUCAACCUCAGACUCAACGAUCUGCUAGGGUUUCAUCAAGCUAAUUCCGUCAUUAUCUGGACCCGAAUGCGGUGAUUGUAGAAGAAAUCCUCGAAGAUGCAGCGGAUUCCUACGACGAUCGAGGAGCAGCUGAUCUUGAAGUCGAUCAAAGAGGAAUGCCCUUGGGAUAAUCUCCCCAAGCGCCUCCAAUCCACGCUCUCCAACAAGGACGAGUGGCAUCGGAGGGUCAUAGAUCACUGCAUCAGAAAAAGAUUACAAUGGAAUAUUUGUUUUGCACGUAAAGUGUGUAAAGAAGGAGAAUAUUAUGAAGAUAUGAUGCGCUAUUUGCGUAAGAAUCUUGCUCUAUUUCCAUAUCACCUUGCGGAAUAUGUUUGCCGAGUAAUGAGAUUAUCUCCCUUCAGAUAUUACUGUGAUAUGAUCUUUGAAGUUAUGAAAAAUGAGCAACCAUAUGAUAGCAUCCCAAAUUUUAGUGCUGCCGAUGCCUUAAGGCUUACAGGGAUUGGACGAAAUGAGUUUAUUGAUAUAAUGAACAAGUGUAGAUCAAAGAAAAUAAUGUGGAAGCUGAACAAGUCAAUUGCGAAGGAAUUGUUGCCCACACAACCUGCUGACUUUACAAUUGAACCAUGGUGGGGAGUUUGCCUUGUUAACUUUACAUUGGAAGAGUUUAAGAAACUGACAGAAGAAGAAAUGGCAACGAUAGACAAAAUUUGCAAGGAAGAAGCAAAUGCAUUUGUUCUCUUUGAUCCUAAUGUUGUAAGAGGCCUCCACCGCAGGGGGCUAGUAUACUUUGAUGUCCCUGUGUACCCUGAUGACCGUUUCAAAGUUUCCAGGCUUGAAGGGUUUGUCUCCAACAGGGAGCAGUCUUAUGAAGAUCCUAUUGAAGAGUUAUUGUAUGCCGUAUUUGUUGUCUCAAGUGAAAAUUCCACUGUUGCCGAAUUGGCUGCAACAUUACAGGCAGACCUUUCUCAGCUGCAGGCUGCUGCAUCAUUUUCUUGCCGAUUGGGCUGGGCUGUGAAGCUUAUUGAUCCAGAAUCUAUUCUCCAGGAUUCUGCCAUUCCUGGAUCUCCUAGUAGUAUACUCAGUGAUGAUGAAGAUGUGUCCAAUGCUAGUACCAGCUCUUCUCAACAAGUUCAUAGUAAAAAGAAAGACGAUAGACUACAAUCUGGGAUUGCUCAUGUUGCUUUUGUGGUGGAUGCUAACAUAACAUCCUAUCUGAUGAUGGGUUCCCUUUCUCCCGGUUUAAAAGCACAUGCUGUAACACUAUAUGAAGCAGGAAAACUUGGUGAUUCAAGUAUUGCAGAACUUUGCAAGGAUCUGAGUACGCUAGAAGGGAAGAAAUUUGAGGGUGAAUUACAAGAAUUUGCAAACCAUGCAUAUAGUCUUCGAUGUAUCUUAGAGUGCUUGCAGUCGGGCGGGGUUGCUACUAAUGAAAUAGUUGAUAAAGUUAGUGAUCAAAUUGAAAGACAAGGUUCAUUAGAUGGUGUUACUUCCCUUGUAGCUGGUACCAGUAUAUCUGAGGAAUUCAGUGGUUCAGAAGAAAGUAAAGCACAGGCUUCCUUCAAUGAUGAACUCUCUGAUAAUGUCAAUGCUGAACUUCCUGAAAUUAAUUCAUUUCCAGACGAACAAGAUGGCGGCACAAGCACAGCUCUUAAGUCAUUUUCAACUAUUACCGAUGAAAAUAGUAUUCUUGUACGAAAUGACGAUCUUAUUCUUGAGCAAAGUACCACGCCUUUAGAUGGUCCAACCGGUGAAAGAGGCAUUUUAAAGAAAAGAAGGAAGUAUCGUGUAGAUAUUCUUCGUUGUGAAAGCUUAGCUGCUCUAGCACCAGCCACACUAGAGCGGCUAUUCCUCAGGGAUUAUGAUAUCAUUGUCUCUAUGGUUCCCCUUCCUUCUUCAUCUGUCAUACCGGGCCCAAAAGGUCCCAUACAUUUCGGUCCACCUUCCUAUUCGUCAAUGACGCCAUGGAUGAAGCUAGUUUUAUAUAUGGCAACUGGUAACGGACCGCUAUCAGUUGUUUUAAUGAAAGGACAGUGUUUGCGGUUGCUUCCUGCACCCUUAAUGGGUUGUGAAAAGGCACUGAUAUGGUCUUGGGAUGGUUCUGUAGUAGGAGGACUAGGAGGCAAGUUUGAAGGGAAUUUAGUAAACGGAAGUGUGCUCUUACACUGUUUAAAUUCAAUUCUCAAGUACUCAGCUGUGCUUGUACAGCCUCUGAGUAGAUAUGAUCUCAAUGAAUCUGGAGGGAUUGCUACCAUGGAUAUUGCAUUACCUCUUAAGAAUUUUGAUGGUUCAGAUGCUGAUUUAGGAGAAGAGAUGGGCCUAUGCCUGGAAAAAUGCGCAAAUUUGGAAUCAUUACUGAAGGAUCUUUCAAGCAGAAAUGAAUUAUCCACAGUAGGUUAUAUCCGCAUUUUAAGGCUCCAGAAAGAAAGGGAGUCUGACCUGUUUCUUCCUGAUAAUGAGAAGUAUGAAUGGGUUCCAUUAAGUGUAGAAUUUGGGAUCCCACUCUUCAGUCCAAACUUAUGUAAGAGGAUUUGUGAAAGAGUUGUUGCAUCACAGCUACUUCAGACAGAUUUUCUUACUGAGCAUCAUGAUGCUAUGCAAAGUCUCAGAAGAAAGUUGCAUGAGAUCUGCUCUGAAUACCAAGCAACAGGUCCUACUGCAAAGCUUUUUUACCAGAGAGAACAGGCAAAAGAGUCACCUCGUCAUUUGAUUAAUUAUGCUAGUGGAAGGUGGAGUCCCCUUCUGGACCCAUCCACACCAAUAUCUGGAGGCUCUAAUGAACACCAGAGGCUCAAGCUUGCUAAUCGGCAGCGAUCCCGAACUGAAGUUCUAAGUUUCGAUGGAAAUAUUCUCAGGUCGUAUGCACUCACCCCUGUGUAUGAAGCUGCAACAAGACCUUUUGAGGAUUUACCUUCAUCAACUACAACCAAACCUGUCUCAGAUGAUGCAGAUAGCAAAGAAGUAGUCCUGCCAGGGAUUAAUCUGCUAUUUGAUGGAUCACAGUUGCUUCCAUUUGAUAUAAGUGCUUGCUUGCAGGCUCGUCAACCCAUUUUAUUGAUAGCGGAGGCAUCGGCUGCAUCUUCAACAUUGCAGAGUAAAUAAAGCUUUGUGAUAAAGACAUUUGUUUAUUCUAUGAGAUGGUUAGACUGAUACUUGCGGAUAUUCUUUGCUGUGUGGUUGGCAUCAUGUUAUGCUGGUUUCUUGUUAGCAUCUUUGGUAGAUCCUGGAAGAAUUUUUGUUAUGAAAGUUUCCAUGAUCUAUUCUCAAGGAUUUGCUAAAUACCAAGCAGCUGCAGGAUUAUUAUUGG